AUGUCAGAUUAGUCUUCUAAUAAUUCAGGCAAUAAUGAUUAGAUUGGUAAUAGUUAGCCUGUUACAAAAGAUGAUAAACAUAAUACUAAUGUUGGCUCUAAUACUAACAUAGAUGGAACUAAUCCUAUAAACAAAUCUACUACUGAUAAUAUAAAAAAACAAAUAAUUUAAGGGGUAGCUCCUGUUGAUGAAUUUUGUCCUUAAAAAGGAGUUGAAGUAUACUAUGAUAAAGAUAAAAUAUAUUCAGCUAAACUAAAUCAAGCAAAUAUGACAAAAAAUAACAACAAAUUUUAUGUAAUUUAAAUACUUAAGGGUAAGAUAAACGAAUUUUUUGUGUUUAGUCGAUGGGGAAGAGUUGGAUUUUAAGGUUAAAGUUCUUUAAAAGGCCCUUAUAAUUUAUAACGUGCCAUUUAAGAAUACAAUUAAAAAUUGUUAGAAAAAACAACAGUUAAAGAUUAUCGUAUUCUAGAUAUGGACUAUGGACAUGAUGAUAUUUUAUAAAAUUUAGAAGAAAAAAUGAAAAAAGAUACUGAUACAUGCUAAUUACCUAAACAAGUUAUAAGUCUUAUGAGUUUAAUUUUUGAUAUGAAUAUGUUUAAUAACUAAAUGAAAGAAAUUGGAUAUGAUGCAAAAAAGAUGCCUCUUGGUAAACUAUCUAAAGAUAAUAUAAACAAGGCUUAUGGUAUUCUUAAAGAUCUUUAUGAUGAAGUAGAAAAAUAAGACAAGGAUAUAGUAAAAAUAGCAACAAUGUGCAAUGAUUUUUACUCUUACAUUCCUCAUGAUUUUGGAUUUAAAAAAAUGUAGGAUCAAAUACUUGAUAGCACACAAAAAGUUAAAGAAAAAUUAGAAAUGAUCGAUUCUAUUUAAAAUAUAUAAAUAGCAACUAAAAUUUUAGAGGACUAAUCUUAAGGUUAAAAUGGAAAUGCAGUUAACUUAAUUCAAUCCUAAUAUGAAAAGCUCAAUUGUUCAAUUACUCCUUUGAAGGAUGAAAAAAUUUACCAAACUAUAAAAACGUAUCUUGAUAAUACUCACUCUUAUAUUCAUGAUAGAUAUACAUUAGAAAUUGAAGAUAUUUUCGAGGUAGAAAGAUAAGGAGAAAAAGAGAGGUACAUGAAAUAGCUAAAUAACAAAAUGCUCCUUUGGCACGGUUCACGAUUGACAAAUUAUGUUGGAAUUUUAUCUCAAGGUCUUCGUAUUGCUCCUCCUGAAGCUCCUGCUAAUGGUUAUAUGUUUGGAAAAGGAGUUUAUUUUGCUGAUAUGUGUAGUAAAUCUGCUAAUUAUUGUUAAGCUAAUAAGCUUAACAAUACUGGCUUAAUGUUUCUUUGUGAAGUAGCUCUAGGAAAUACAAAUGACUUAAUCUCAGCAGGCUACAAUGCUUCUAAAUUACCCUAUGGUAAAUAUAGUGUUAGAGCUUUAGGUUAAAUAGCUCCUCCAAAAAAUUCUUAUAUAAACAUUUAUGAUGAUGUAACAGUUCCUAUAGGUAAAGGUCAGGUUAGAGAUUAUAAAAAUAGACUUAAAACUCCAUUACUGCAUAAUGAAUAUAUUGUUUAUAAUGUAAAGUAAAUAAUGCUAAAAUACCUUUUAAGAUUGAAAUUUAAUUUUAAAAGAUGA